AGGCAGGAGUCACAGCAUCAAGCGUUCUCUGGCAAAUGGCACAAAGCUUCCUGGGUGAAUCCAUAGGCGUCAACGAUACCGGGGACUCGGAAAAGCCUCGCAACAUUGCCGCCUUGGGGAGAUUUGUGUACUGGCUGGACGACAAGACCGGACUGAAGCGGAUCACUGUCAACGAAGAGCGUCGAAGAAGCGGAAGUGCGGCACAGUCGUCCAAAUUGUUUCCACAACUGCAUAGCCAGAGGGGAGGGUGUGGCACGCAGUACUCACGACGUCUGCUCGUGCCCCAAGCAUCUGAUGCUGCUGGUGGACAAGGAGAGCUACGGCGUGUGUCCGGCCUUUGGGCCAGAUUUCACGUGCACGUCCCCAGUGACGGAGAAUGGUGACAGUGCUCCGGCGAGUGCUUCGCCAAGGCUCUGAUCUGCGAUGCUACCACCUGUGACAACUGUGAAAAUGUCCACGAUGAGGCCGACUGCUGCAAGCGGCCUCCUGGCCUGCCGGAUAUUGCCUUUGAGGUGCAACGGUACCAAGCUACGGUACGGAGGAAGUGAAAAGACUCUGGACGAGUGUGCCAGGUUACCACUAACACAAUGCCUUCGACAAGGACCCCAGGUCCGAAG